GAUCAAAAAAUAAUGACUGAGUGGGUGUUGAAUCAUGUUCUUGAACAUGUGUCCACACGAUUAGGUCAGUCUUCACCAUAUCAUAUCAGGAGUACUGUUUAGAGCCGUCAGUAAGUGAGAGCUAGAGCAGGCAGUUUACAAUGCAUGUGAGAUGCAAUAUACCGAGUGGGUCUGAGAGAUGGGACUGGUGUCCUGGGCCUAUCUCAACUGGUGGCUGUGCAGGCCUAGAUAUACAUCCCAACCUAUCGUACGAGCACCCCAUCGAUGGAAGCUCUGGGCAAGCUGCAGUAAGUAUCGUAUCAAGCUCUCUCUCUUGUCUCGGCUCUCUCCUCAUUGUGUUCAGCUACUGGAAAUGGAAAGACAUUCGCACAGGCUCCCGCAGUGUUGUCACAUUCCUAGCUAUUGCAGACUUCUUCACUGCUUUUGGCUACAUCAUAGGAUCAGCCAACUUCGUUAUUCACAAUGGCAAGCCCCCAGGAAGCUCGAGCUGUGUACAAUUCAAUAUGGUCUGCAAGAUUCAGAGCUUCAUCACUAGUUGGUCAUCACUGAGCUCCUUCCUCUGGACAGCGGCUCUUGCUCUCUACCUGUACUGCACUAUUGCUCGCAACAGAGUUGUCCUGGCUAGUAAAUUGAUCCCGUAUUUCCACGUUAUCUGUUGGGGCGCUCCUAUUCUCAUCUGCCUGCCUCUGCUGAUAUCAGAGAAGUUAGGCCACUCGCCAUAUGCAGCUGCAACCUGGUGCUACAUAGCCCAGCCUCCGUCUCAAUAUGAUGAUGGGUUGGCUAAGGAUACAGUGCUCUGGUUAUUUCUAGGUGGUAAAUUUUGGGAGAUUUUGUCGUAUUUUCUUGUUGUAGGUCUGUACAUUGCGAUCAAGGUUCAAGUUAGGAAACAGACAAAAAUUGGAGAAUCUGAGAAUAUUUUAAGUGCUGGACUGAUUAGUGUUGUCAAGAAAGCUGACCGCAAACUGACCUUCAUUCCUAUAGUAUUUGUGUUGCUAAGGAUUUGGGGAACUAUCCAGUUCUUCUACUCACUGGCCGUAUCACAGUACAUUUCGUGUGCUUGCACUACACAGGUCAUUGCUACCGUUUUUACAGUUCUCACGUACUUUCAGGCAAUUGGUGAUGGUGGUCAGGGAUGGGGGAAUGUCUUCCUCUACGUGCUCGCCUCUGAUAAAAUCCGAACACGGUUGCUAGGGCAACUGUUCUGCCCUAGCAACAGCGACGAUUACCCCCCACGAAGAAUCCCGGAUGUCAAACCCCGUCCCAUUGAUCGUGGUAACCAUCACCACGCUGCCAACCAACCAUUAGCUGUGGAUGUUCAGAAUCAAGUAGUUAGUUACCAGUCGACCGUCACCCAUGAAGCUACUACGCCCAUCAACUGAACCUCACUAUAUAUGCAUGUGUGUGUGUGUGUGUGUGUAUUUUUUAUGUUUUGUGCACAAUAAAAUAACCUGUUUUGUAAUUCUAUUGUCUAUUUUGUG